UGGGAAAAGAGAGAGCCAGAUGACAGGCUCCCAGAGAGAUGCACCAGAGGGAGGAGCCAUGGGGGGAGAUGGGGCAGGGAGGGCGGGGCUGCUCACCCGGCCUCCCACCCACAGCCUACAAGGAGAAGAUGAAGGAGCUGUCCGUGCUGUCGCUCAUCUGCUCCUGCUUCUACUCACAGCCACACCCCAACACCAUCUACCAGUAUGGGGACAUGGAGGUGAAGCAGCUGGACAAGAGGGCCUCUGGCCAGAGCUUUGAGGUCAUCCUCAAGUCCCCUUCUGACUUGUCACCGGAGAGCCCUGUGCUCUCCUCCCCCCCCAAGAGGAAGGACACCUCCCUGGAGGAGCUGCAGAAGCGGCUGGAGGCAGCUGAGGAGCGGAGGAAGACGCAGGAGGCGCAGGUGCUGAAGCAGCUGGCGGAGCGGCGCGAGCACGAGCGGGAGGUGCUGCACAAGGCGCUGGAGGAGAACAACAACUUCAGCCGCCUGGCGGAGGAGAAGCUCAACUACAAGAUGGAGCUCAGCAAGGAGAUCCGCGAGGCGCACCUGGCGGCGCUGCGCGAGCGGCUGCGCGAGAAGGAGCUGCAUGCCGCCGAGGUGCGCAGGAACAAGGAGCAGCGAGAGGAGAUGUCCGGCUAAGGGGCUUUGAACACCACAGCGCCUGGAUCCUGAGCCGAGACAAGAACACAUUCGGGUUUUGUUUUUGUUUUGUUCAGCUCUGUCUAGAUGAACAUUUUGUUCCCGCUCCUCCCCUCUCCUCCCACACUCCCAGCUUUAUGCUUCUCUUUCCGCACUCUGAGCUGUCCAGUCCCGGGGCAGCCGCUGGCCACGGCUCUCCUUGGAGGAGUCACGGGCGGGGUGGGGGUGGGGCACAAGGUCCCUCAGUUCAGGCACCAGGCCGGGUGGUGGCCGGGUCCCCCCUUGGCCGUCCUCUUAGUGGAUGUGAUGGUGACCAGCAGUGGUGGCAGGAACAUGUAGGGCUUUAUGCUGGGCAGUCCCACCCCUCCGCUGGGCACUGGCGGCAGGGUCCCUGCUGACCAUCCUCUUGGCGGAGAGCAGGAGGGGACAGACUACAAGUCCUUGCAGGACCCAGAGCCGGUGCCUCAGAUACCAGGUGGUUGCAGCCCCCAGAGCCCAGCUUCCUUCCUGCAGAAAUGAAUGGGGGCCCAGCCAGGGAUCAGGGUGGAAGCUGAUCCCCGGGGCUUAGGGGGAGGUAGGGACCCAGGCCUCCUCGUCCCCAUCGAGAUAGCCUCUGAGGAGGGAUAAGCGAGGAGUGAGCCCAGCAAUGUCUCCUGCAGCUUUGGUGGGACUCAGAGGGAUGUGGAAAGGGAGCUGAAGGCUGAGUUUCUUUUAGCUGCGGCAGCUCUCAUCGCGGAAGCCUAGUGUAAAUGCACCCAUCUCAUCCUGUAGUGAAAGUGAACUUAAAAACUAAAUCAAAUGAGCAAUUAAAGAAAAAACAAACUUGUGUGUUUAAGAAACAGUUGCACCGUCCCAGUGUCCUGCGUCUGUGGGUGGGGAAUAGGCUUCGAGCUACAGCCUGUGUAUGAAGGAGCUGCAACUCCCAUGGAAGCCUGUUAUCAAGCUUGUUUUACCACCACAAUUAGGAGUAGUUCUAGUGACAAUGGCAAUGUUAAGAAAUGAGUGUGUAAAUGACACACAGCCCGUUUCCCCUUCAGAGCCCGGGAGCAAGGGGGUGGGGCCCCGGUGGCUGCUGGCCAUGUCGGCACUCUGCCUGCAUCUCCACAAGUGUCACCUCAGUGGCUGCACAAUCACCUAUUUAUGGAUGUACUAGGACUUUUGAGAAAACUUCUCCAACUUUUAGAUUUCAGGGACCCUUUACAAUCUUAAAAAUUCAUGGAGAACCUCCAAAGAGCUUUGUUGAUGUGGGUUAUAUGAAUCAACAGCUGUCACAUUAGGAAUUAGAACUCAAAUUUAAAAAAAUAUUAACUCAUUUAGAAAUGACCCACCCAGGGACUCUUUCCCCCUCCCCACGUGGGAGUCUGUACUUGUUCAAUAAAUUUUUACCUUUGCUGUACCAAAAAAAAA